AUAUAUUUAAACUAUUAUGCCUAAAUUAAAACCGGGUUCUGGCUCACCAAAUUCCAAAAUUUUAAAGACCAUCAAGAAAAGAGGCGGUAUAUUCAAGAGGAAAAAAGCCAGGGAUGAUUCUUCCAAAAGUAACUCAGCUUCCUCCUCCUUUGAACACGAUGACGCUGCUGAGUUUGAUAUACCGGAGUAUACGCAGUGGUUUGACAUAAACGCUGUGAACUUCAUAGAAGAAGAAUGUGCCCAGAACAUUUUUAUAGGCUACGGGAAUGACAAGGACGCCAUUUGCGACCACUACAAAAGAAUUAGGAAUAAAAUCCUUAAUAUGUACAGAAAGGACCCUACCAAAUAUCUAUCAGUAACAGAAUGCAUUAGGAAAUUAGGAGGAGACGCUUCAAUAGUGAUGAAGAUCCAUUCCUUUUUAAACUAUUGGGGAAUCAUUAAUUUUCAAGCCAAAAACGAAUCAGGAGAAAGAAUUUAUGCCAGAAAAAUGAGUGAUGAAGAUGCCAACGAAAAAAAUGAUAAGUCGGUCUCGUUUCACAACCCGAGGAAAAACUACAACGACCUUCCGAAAACUGCAGAACACUACUACUCUGAUUCUAACGAAUCUAACUCUGAACAAUUUGACCCGGAAUCAGCAGAAGAUGUGGUCAGAUACUCAGCAGAGUUGAAUUCAGGGAAAAGUGUGGAUUCUAAGGCUAACUAUCCAAAAUGCUGUGGAUGUAAUAACAUGUGCAGGAAUUCAUACUAUAUUUUAGGACCGGAAUACUUAGGAGAAAUGAGCCCUUCUGUGAGAAGGAGAGGGAUUUGGUGUACACAGUGCUACUGUAACUCCAACUACCCCAUGACUCUAACCAAGGAAAGCUUUGUCAGGAUUGAUCUACCACAAAGAUUAUCAGAAAGUCUGUCUAGAGUAGAUUCAAACAACAAAGAUCAGAAACCAUGGACAGGAAAACAGUUUGAAAAGCUGUACGAAGCUAUAAGGAAGUAUGGUACUGAUUGGCAAAGUGUAGCUCAGCACAUUGGGGACGACAUCACACCCAAUGAGUGUAUAUUACAGUUUGUUAAUGCUCCACUGGAGCAUGAUGUCACAUCAAAGCUUAAGUUAAUAACUUAUAUGGAGCCACCGUAUUAUGAGGACAUCAACCCUUCAUUUCCAUUCUUUGAUAGUCCAAAUCCAAUAGUGACGCUACUGUCAUUUUGUGCAAGCGUUAUAAGUCCAGUGGUGGCUUCAUCUGCAGCAAAAGCUGCAUUCGAUGUCAUCUUCGAGGCGUGCAGGAAAAACACCUCGUCUCCGAAGUCGGAUCAAAAGAAGGAUUUAGUGAACGAAAAUGAAAUGCUAGAGCUAGAACAAAACUUCAAAGAAAUGAAGAGGAAUUCAAUCGAUCACUCAUUGAAUUCUGAAGAUAAGAAAGAAGAAGAUAAUGACCCUUCAACAAGUAGUGGUACCAAAAAGCAGAAAACUUCUCAACCGAUGAAUAACCUAGUAGAUACAAGUACACUGCAAUUGGCUGCCAAGGCAGCUUUGGACGCUGCCGCUUCAAGGUCAGGAGAACUGGCUUCAAUGGAGGAAGACAGAAUAAGUCAAGCUUUACCAAAGCUUAUUUCACUCAAGAUCAAAAGAAUUAGUGAGAAACUCAAGAAAUUUAAUGAAACUCAAGAACAAAUGAUAAAGGAUCAGCAACACCUGGAGAGGGAGUUACACAAGAUUCUCAAAUACAAAGGAUUCUUACAGGAGAAUCCCUAAAUUCACCCUAUUGAAAGUAACUUAGUAGUUC